GUGUUUGGGAGAGCGACGCACGCGCGCGUCGUCACCAAUAGUUCGGCGAUCGAACCGUUUCGUAAUCCUCCUGUAAUAGUCGCUACUCGCUAUCGACCCCAUUGAACCGACCUCUCCAUGUGUACAUACCCACGCCCCGCCAUCUCGUGUGUGAAGUGAAGUGAACGAUAACCUCCGUACCAUCACACGGACAACUAAACACAGGAUUUUUGCACAAACAGGGAAACAAAAAUACAAAACAAUUUACUAAUAAAACAUGUAGCAAUACUCAGAAAACAGUGAAACAAGAGGAAGUGACAGCAGGAACCAGUGCCAGUGUUACAGUGCAGUGCUAACAAAUAAACACACACACACAUACACUAUAAAUAUUGUACAGCAUCAGUGUUAGUGCACACACACAAACAUGGAACACGACACUUACGACAUUUUGACCGCGGAAGCUAUAGCGUUCGGCGAGUGGUUGUCGCGCGAGGCGGUGCCGGCGCUGCGACCGCGCACGCUCAGCGAGUCGCGAGCCCGCGCGCGGACCCUAAAGGAAACCAUGGAUUCGUGUGUCGACACGGUAUCAGUGACUGCCAAACCGAUCUUCACAAUUCACGAAGUAUUUUUAGACGAUAUUCUAUUUAUACACGUCCGAUUUAAGAUCGCAUCAAUUAUGAUAUGGGUCUCUAAUGCUCUAUGCUGUCGGUUUUGCCGGUACCAUCAAAUGACUUGCACUUGGUCCAGGCAGGAGGCAGCACUAGUGAAAUACCAUCAGCAGAAAGAGAGAGAAAGUCUACUGAAUCCAUAG